CUCUCUCUCUCUCUCUCUCUCUCUCUCUCUUUAUCAUCGUGGUGAGCUCUUCUCUCUAGAUUCUGAUUCCUCCGCAUCCGAAAUUUGUUCUUACAAGAUUCAAUGGUUAACUCAAUUAAAGGAGUCUUCAUCUCAUGCGAUGUUCCCAUGGCGCAGUUCAUUGCACACUUGAACAAUUCGUUGCCUCCUUCACAGAAGUUUAUAAUUCAAGUACUGAAACUAGACACUACUUGUAUGUUUGUGAAACCACAUGCCGAGGAGAUGAUCCAUAGUGCCGUCAUUACGUUCAGGGAACAAAACUCUUACGACGCAAAGGCGAACUGAGCGGGUUUUCUUUUUCGCGGUUUUCGGGUUUCUUGGGAUCUUAAUAUAGUGAGAGAGAGAGAUCAACAAGGAUUUGUGGGAAGUCUCUGAUGAAAAAGACAAUGUUUGUAAACGAUUAGUGUGCAGGAUUGAGAUAAAGAUUGUUCUGACAAA